AUGAAUCGGUCCCCCAACACCACAGAGAUCAUGGAUUCCAUCACCACGCAUGAUCUGCGUCCGGGGGCGGCGAGAGACAUCGCUCAUCUACCCAUAAAUAAGCUGGUCAUCAAUGGUGAGGAAGUGACCGCUUCGGACAGACGGCGGACCGACGGAGCAAUAUGUGUGGGGAGUCCAAGAGGACUUCUGGAACCUGCGUGCGCUAUACCAUGCCCGUCAAGGCAUACGCGUAGCAACCAUUGCACCAACCCCAUUCAAGUCACCAAAGCUUCAACCCGAGGAGCUGACCGACUUUAUGCUGACUUUAUGCUGCAAAACCUUCGCAGCGCUGGGUUUAUCGGAAUUGAAACAAUUGACUGUGGCCCCGACGAGGAUGCCCAAACGUUCUGCUGUCCCAUUGCAUCAGCCCUCGAACCGUGGCCAAGGACGUCCUCUCCGCUAUUGCUCCUCCUCUCCUCCAACAUGACCGGCGGGUGGUACGUACCGAUCAGGAACGAGUAA